UACACAUAAGAAUUACGUGGAAGGAACAAAACCAUAGUGAUCUGCUCCAUUAGAUAGGCUGAAAACUUGAAGGGUUUCAACUUUCAAGUCCGAUGGCGCUGCUUAGAGUAUUGAACUCUUUCGCCAUUUGUUUUCUGUGUUUGAUAUUGAGUUCAUGUGGGUUCUGCACUGGAGGAAUAACUGGUAACUUUGUUAGAAAAAAGUAUUCUCCUGAUAUGCCACUUGACAGUGAUGUUUUCCAAGUUCCUCCUGGUUAUAAUGCACCUCAACAGGUUCAUAUAACACAAGGGGAUAUUGAUGGGAGGGGAGUGAUAAUCUCCUGGAUAACUGCUGAUGAACCUGGGUCCAACACAGUUCUUUACUGGUCUGAAAAUAGCAGUCAUAAGAAUCACGCCGAGGGAAUAUUUGUGAGAUAUAACUUCUUCAAUUACUCCUCAGGUUACAUUCAUCACUGCACCAUCGACAAGUUGGAGUAUGACACCAAAUACACAUAUGAUAUUGGAUUAGGGGAUUCGUCAAGACAAUUCUGGUUUGUGACUCCUCCAAAAGCUGGCCCUGAUGUUCCUUAUACUUUUGGUCUGAUAGGGGAUCUUGGUCAAACACAUGAUUCAAAUGUUACACUCGCACAUUAUGAAUCAAAUCCAAAGAAGGGAAGAACAGUGUUGUAUGUGGGGGAUCUCUCGUACUCGAAUGACUAUCCGUUCCAUGAUAAUUCAAGGUGGGAUACGUGGGGAAGAUUUAUAGAGCGGAAUGCUGCUUACCAGCCUUGGAUUUGGACUGCAGGGAACCAUGAGAUCGAUUUUGCUCCUGAACUUGAAGAAACUACACCCUUUAAGCCUUAUACGCACCGGUAUUAUGUACCGUUCAAAUCGUCACGAAGUACUUCUCCGUUAUGGUAUUCGAUCAAGAGAGCUUCAGCUUAUAUCAUUGUUCUGUCUUCUUAUUCUGCAUAUGGAAAAUCUACUCCUCAAUACAAAUGGCUAAGGAACGAGCUACCAAAGGUGGAUAGAAGUGAGACUCCAUGGCUGAUUGUUCUAAUGCAUUGCCCACUCUAUAAUAGUAAUUCACAUCAUUUCAUGGAAGGAGAAACCAUGAGAGUGGUGUUUGAGUCAUGGUUUGUCAGGUACAAAGUAGAUGUCGUAUUUUCUGGUCAUGUUCAUGCCUACGAGCGAUCCAAAAGUGUAUCCAAUAUUGCAUACAAUAUUUUGAAUGGGCAGUGUACUCCUGUUAAUGACCAGUCAGCACCAGUUUACAUAACAAUUGGUGAUGGUGGAAAUCACGAUGGACCAGCUCUAGGAAUGGUGGAACCACAGCCAAGCUUCUCAGCCUAUAGGGAUACAAGUUUUGGUCAUGGUAUUUUCGAUAUAAAAAACCGGACACAUGCUUAUUUCGGUUGGCAUCGUAAUCAAGAUGGAUAUGCUAUCGAAGCUGAUUCUUUCUGGUUUCAUAACAGAUACUGGAAUCCCUAUGGGAAAUCUUUUGUAGCUUCAUAUUAGUCGGUUAUUUAUCUGAUUAAAUUAGUUCAGGAAUACUCUGUACCUUAUUUUCGUAGGUAUUUUCCAGCAAUAUAAUAGUUAAUUGGAACAUGCAUGGUCUUGGUUUAA